CAGUCGCAAAAAAAUACGAGUUCUAUCUGGCUGGCCCAUCCUCUGAUCUCCCCUCCAUCGUAUAAGAGGUCCACUGGCUAAUACUUCGCGACCAGUCUGCAUUUGGUUGCGCGUGCGCAGUGUAAUAACAGGAAAAAAUGAAGGCGACUCUGUUUUUGUUUGCCGUGCUGAUCGUGGCGGUGUCCUGUCGCCCCGAGAAGUCUGACAUCGCGAAGGCGAAGGCCGAGUUCGCCCGCAAGAAGGCCUGCAUGCAGGACUGCUCGAAUGUGAAAGUGGACCCGAUCUGCGCGGGCAAGCAGGGGGAGAAGCCCAAGUCUUUUGGCAGCGAGUGUGUGCUGCACAACCACAACUGCGAACAUAAGGACUCUCUCCACAAGAUCAGCAGCGGCCAGUGCGCGGGCUCUGAUGGCAUUCGUCUUUCUUAAAUCAAGUCCUUUAAGUAUCAUAUAUUUUGUUUAGCUUUUUCGGGAUUCAUUAUGUCCUUAAUUAACCUACUGAAAUAACAAAUUGUAUGAUUAUCAUAUAAAUUUAAUAUUAUUUAAAAUGUUUUUGUUACGUAUUAGCUAUUGUUGUCUAUUGCUUUUUAUAAUAUUUUUCCACUUUUCAAAGACGCUGUGAUUAAAAUAUAAUGAUACUUAUUGCCUUUGAUUGCAUUUAAUUAUUAUAUUUUGUAAUGAAAUAAUGAGCGCUAUUAUGUUUUUUUUUAUUAUAAAUCAGCACACUUAGGUCUGAAAGAAAAUACGAUACAUUUAUUUACAUUUAUCUCCUAUUAAAAUAUUUGGCAGUUUCCAUAGACCCAGUACCAACCAACUGCUUUUGAAAAAUAUCAUGUGGAAAUCUAGACUGUAGUGAAUGAUCGUGUGUAUGGAUAUUUGACAACUACCCUCAACCAUAUAACUAACCAUUUAGGGUAGUAAUGAGACUUAGCAUUUACCUACAGUUGUCCUCAUUGCAAAUUAUGGGACCAGACCAAGUAAACUUUAAUUAGAAUAUAAUUAUUACUUUAUUUAAUCCUAUAUACCUAUAUAUACUUAUAUACAUAAAACCUAAAUUCAAAAUCAAAGUCCGUGUAAUAUAUCGAUGAUCUAUUUUUUUCUUUUUACUAAUUUGUGAAUAAUAUUUAUAUAUUGAUAAGAGUUACUACUGCGAUAAAUUACACACCCUUUGUUUGUUAUUGUAGUAGAGGUACAAUAAUGACAAUGCAUAUUGUGGGACAGAGAUAAAAUAAGUAAUUACUUGGAACAUCAAGUACCUAACUAUUGCUGGAAUGGAGAAGGUAAGGCUAUAAUAGUGCCAUAAUCUAAGCAGUGACUGUAAGAUUUGUCAAUGAAUUGUUAUGUUUGUAUAUGAAUUGUAAUGGCGUGCACACACAAAUGUAAUGCACAUGUGCAUUACAUUUGUAUGUGCACGCCAUUGUGCGUAUGCUACACGCAUGCACUUUCCCUCUCAAACAUUGGUACAAAAUUUAAAUAGAAAAGAAGAGAACAAAAAUUCGAAGCUCAAUCCCUCAGGUUUUUUUCUUUUUUGCUGAUCUAUGACUUCAAAACUUAUUAUGCUCGUAGUUAUAUUCCCAUAAGCAUGAAUACCUCUAACCUCUAAUAACUAUACCAGCAUUUAGUAUUUUUAGCAAGAGUUUACGCAUUUUCAAGUUCAAGAUUUUGGAAGCCUUCUUCUUCCUUUUUCACACACAAGUUAGUAAUCAACCAAUGUUCAGGUUUCCUCACGAUGUUCUUCUUCACCAGAAGCAAAAAAAACUAAACGAGUCAGAUUUGUAUAAAACUCAUGUGGCAUGAUUAGGAUUCAAACCUGGGACGUUUCGAUCCACAGGCAGUCUUAACCAUUACACCACCACCGCUUCAAGUAAGUACAAAAAAAACCUACAAGUCUGAAAUUAGGGAUUUAAUUAUUAAAAUACAUAAUUAAAAUUGCAUAUAUUUUAAAGACGUUUAUUAAGCUAUAUUGUCCUUUAUAUUGACAACAAGAAGCAAUACCAUUAGCUUUAUAAGAUAUUCGUACUUUGUACAAUAAAUAAAAUUAAAUCUUAAGAUUAAACUUAAAUAAAGGGUUUUUGGCGUUACAUUAGCGUUAAAAGUGGUACCAUUUUUUUUAUCUUAACAUACUAUUAACUCUUCCUCUUUUCACCGUAACACCGGAGGUUCUCCUGCCCGAAACCUGUUGGUACGACGAGUUUAUGGCAUUUUGAAUCUUCAUUUGUGGGAACAACCUUAUAUUGUUUCACUUUUAUGUCAAAAAUUACAAUAAUUUGUUUAUAUUAUUUACAGGACUUGAAUUUCAAUAGAAUCUUCGCGCUGCCUUACCGCAACGACCUUUGUUCAAUUUUCGGCAAUUCUUGUUCGCUAUAAUGAUGAAAGUAAAGGAUUUUUCAAAAAUUUCAUAUAA